GUUUAGUCCGGGAAGAGUCGGAAAUGUUCCUGUCGCCAUCUUAAGCAAGUUGUGGGCUGCAAGCAUCCGCUCCGUGAGGGAUACGAAUCAGCAAGAAGUCUUCUGACUUAUUCAAGAUUAACCUAUAUUGUUUUGUGGCUCAUGAGAAACAACCAUGCCUCAUGUGGUGGUGAAGCAAAGAUCACAAAUUUGGAUUUAUGAGUGAAAAGCUAAAGGGAAGAAGGAAAAAAGAUAAUCUUCACUAUUAGGAUUUAUAGCUCUGAGAUACUGCCAAAGGGGGCAAAGAGUAAUGAGAGAAAAGCAGAUGGAUCCCAGAGGGGAAGGGAAGGAGAGAGGGAGAGAAACAUCAAUGUGUGGCUGCCUCUCCUAUGACCCCUGCCGGGAACUGGCCUGCAACCCAGCUUCGAGUGGGCGGACCUCCCUCUGCUUCUCCUAGAUUGGCGGGGAGAAUUCACCAAUGGGGAGCUCUAGGAGGAGGACACCGAACAGCAGCAGCUUGAGGAAGAGGAGAUUUCAAGUUGGCUGCGGCUUGGGCUCCGUGUGGGGGAGGGGCAGCAGCACUUUCUUACUUUCUGGCACUAGAAGAUACUUAAGUCUCGUCUUGUAUAUUUACUGCCUCAGCCAUUUCCCCAAGAAGCCUUGAUUCCUUGUAUUGGAAAACGGUAUUAGAAACCAAGAUCUGGGUGCUAGGUUUUUCUUACUGGAUCUCUGAAUACCCAGGCCCCCUCCACCAUGGCCAGCUGGGGUGGGGGCCAGGGCCGGGGGCGGGGCCGGGGCCAGUUGACCUUCAAUACAGAGGCUGUGGGCAUUGGGAAGGGGGAUGCUCUGCCGCCACCUACCCUGCAGCCUUCUCCACUCUUCCCGCCAUUGGAGUUCUACCCAGUGCCUCUGCCCUCAGGAGAGGAAGGGGAAUAUGUCCUGGCACUGAAGCAGGAGCUACGAGGGGCCAUGAGGCAGCUCCCCUACUUCAUCCGGCCAGCUGUCCCCAAAAGAGAUGUGGAGCGUUACUCAGACAAAUAUCAGAUGUCAGGACCUAUUGACAAUGCCAUUGAUUGGAACCCUGAUUGGCGACGUCUACCCCGGGAACUAAGGAUCCGGGUGAGGAAGCUACAGAAAGACCGGUCCGCCAUUCUACUCCCCAAAAGGCCCCCUAAGACCACAGAAUAUAAGGAGGAAACAAUACAGAAACUAGAGAACCUGGAGAAGAAGGAGGAAGAAUUAACUUCAGAGGAAGAUGCGGAGAAAGAAGAAGAAGAGAAGGAAGAGGAAGAAGAAGAGGAGUAUGAUGAAGAAGAACAUGAAGAGGAAACUGAUUACAUCAUGUCAUAUUUUGACAAUGGAGAGGACUUUGGGGGUGACAGUGAUGACCAUAUGGAUGAGGCUAUAUACUGAAAAAGGACCCUAAACAACAGCCUGUAUCUUCAUACAUUUCUAAUUUAAGAUAUAGAAAGUAACUGUCUCUAUUGUUUGGUUUUGUGGACAAGGAAAUUAUUUGCUCUGAGUCCAGAUAACCUGUUUGGUCCCUAGAAAUAGAAAUGGAGAAUGACAACAGACAUUUUCUACCCUUCCCCUCCCCCUACCCUUGUACCACUUCUGAUAUCUUGGGGAAAGGGCAAAGGACCAAUGUCUUAAUUUUAUGAAAGGGAGAAAGGAAGGUCAAAAGAAGAACUGGAAUUGUUGGAUCUGAGACAGCUAUACAUAUGCCCUUGCCCAUUUUUUAUUGAGUUCUUUGUGGAAAUAACUGGGAGUGGGAGCAGUUAAGAGGAGUAAAGCCAGUUUUAUAUUUUUAAAUAAAAUAUUUUUAUCUGUC